AUGGCCUCGGAGUCGGUGAAGGUGGUGGUGCGCUGCCGCCCCAUGAACCAGCGGGAGUUGGAGCUGAACUGCCAGCCUGUGGUGACGGUGGACUCCGCGCGCGGCCAGUGCUUCAUCCAGAACCCGGGCGCCGUCGACCAGCCCCCCAAGCAGUUCACUUUCGACGGCGCCUACUACGUGGACCACUUUACCGAGCAGAUCUACAACGAAAUCGCCUACCCACUGGUGGAGGGCGUCACCGAGGGCUACAACGGCACCAUCUUUGCCUACGGCCAGACAGGCAGCGGGAAGUCCUUCACCAUGCAGGGCCUGCCUGACCCACCCUGCCAAAGAGGCAUCAUCCCUAGGGCCUUCGAGCACAUUUUCGAGAGCGUCCAGUGUGCAGAGAACACCAAGUUCCUGGUCCGGGCCUCCUACCUGGAGAUCUACAAUGAAGACGUCCGUGACCUGCUGGGUACUGACACCAAGCAGAAGCUGGAGCUGAAGGAGCACUCGGAGAAGGGGGUGUACGUGAAGGGGCUCUCCAUGCACACGGUGCACAGUGUGACCCAGUGCGAGCGCGUCAUGGAGACAGGCUGGAAGAACCGCUCGGUUGGCUACACCCUGAUGAACAAGGACUCUUCCCGCUCCCACUCCAUCUUCACCAUCAGCAUCGAGAUCUGCGCGGUGGAUGAGCGGGGCAAGGACCACCUCCGGGCAGGCAAGCUGAACCUGGUGGACCUGGCAGGCAGCGAGCGGCAGUCCAAGACGGGUGCCACGGGGGAGCGGCUCAAGGAGGCCACCAAGAUCAACCUGUCGCUGUCGGCGCUGGGCAACGUCAUCUCGGCCCUGGUGGACGGGCGCUGCAAACACAUCCCCUACCGGGACUCGAAACUGACGCGGCUGCUGCAGGACUCGCUGGGCGGCAACACCAAGACACUGAUGGUGGCCUGCCUGUCGCCCGCUGACAACAACUACGCUGAGACCCUCAGCACGCUGCGCUACGCCAACCGAGCCAAGAACAUCAGGAACAAGCCUCGCAUCAACGAGGACCCCAAGGAUGCCCUCCUGCGCGAGUACCAGGAGGAGAUCAAGAAGCUCAGGGCGAUUCUGGCUCAGCAGAUGAGCCCCAGCAACCUGUCAGCCCUGCUGAACAAUCAGGUUCCCCCAAACCCCGUCCAGAUUGAAGAGAAGCUGUUGCCCCCAUCUGUGAUCCAGCACAACACGGAGGCUGAGAAGCAGCUGAUCCGGGAGGAGUACGAAGAGCUCCUGGCCCGGCUGAGGGCCGACUAUGAGGCAGAGCAGGAGUCCAGGGCCCGGCUGGAGGAGGACAUCACUGCCAUGCGCAACUCGUACGAUGUGAAGCUGUCCGCACUGGAGGAGAACCUGCGCAAGGAGACAGAGGCUGUCCUGAAGGCAGAAGUCCUCUACAAGGCCGAGGUCAUGUCCAGGGCUGAGCUCGCCAGCAGUUCUGAGCACUCACCUACUUUCCAGUACAAGAUGGCCGUGAAACCCGAGAUCUACUCCAUGCCUGACACCCUGCCCAGUGAGGGUGUCUUCAAGACUGAGGUUUCUUCCAGGUUUGAGGAACUACCCAAGGUGGAGGCCUCCAAGUCGGAGGUUUCUCUUGGGUCUGAUGAGUCUUCCAUGCUCGAAGAAAAUUUCAUCUCCACGGCUUUCCCUGGGCCCAGGGAGCCCUCCAGCCUGGAGGUCCCUGUGCCUGAGGUGGAGGCCCCGAGUGGACACUUCCUAGAUGAGGAUGUCAGCCGGGAGGCCACAGAGCCCCUGUGGGAGGAGGAGCCCUUCCUCCAGGGAGAAGAGCCCCACCUGAGGGCCCUGGAGCUGCUUCCGGGCCUGCACAACCCACUUGCCGUGGAAGCCAAGCUGGCCAGGCUCUCCUCCAUGGGGGCUGGGCUGGACGUGCCCCAGGCGGAUGUACCCAAGGUCACCACGCAGCACCCCUCCCAGACAGAUCUGCUGGAGCCUGGUGACCUCAGGUCUGAAGUUGAGGCGGCCGACGACCUCCUGCCCAGGACUGAGGUUGACCUGGGCCCGGGAGUGACCGAGGAGGUGGUGUUGGCAGCAGAGCCCAGUGUGGGAGCCGAGGGUGAAGCCCAGGUGGCCUUAGAGGCUCAGCCUCAGUCUCUGCUGGCCAAGACAACUGCGAGAAGGGACAGUAUGGAGGUGGCCGUGCUGACCGAUGACCUACUGCCCACUGUGGACCAGCAGCAGGUGCUUGCCCGCUUGCAGCUGUUGGAGCAGCAGGUGGUUGGGGGCGAGCAGGCCAAGAACAAGGACCUGAAGGAGAAGCACAGGCGGCGGAAGCGGUAUGCAGACGAGCGCAAGAAGCAGUUGGUGGCGGCUCUGCAGAACUCAGACGAGGACAGCGGGGACUGGGUGCUGCUCAACGUCUACGACUCCAUCCAGGAGGAAGUGAGGGCCAAGAGCAAGCUGCUGGAGAAGAUGCAGAGGAAGCUUCGGGCGGCAGAGGUGGAGAUCAAAGAUCUGCAGUCAGAGUUUGAGCUAGAGAAGAUCGAUUACUUGGCCACCAUCCGUCGGCAGGAACGUGACUUUAUGCUCUUCCAGCAGCUCUUGGAGCAGGUGCAGCCCCUGAUUCGCCGGGACUGUAACUAUAGCAACCUGGAGAAGAUAAGGCGCGAAUCCUGCUGGGAUGAGGAUAAUGGCUUCUGGAAGAUCCCCCAGCCCAUCAUCAUAAAAACCAGCCUCCCAGUAGCAGUUUCAACAGGGCUACAGAACAGAUCAGCCCGCAAAACCUCCACAGCGGACAACAGUGAACCAGGCUCGGAAGAAGACCGCUACAGGCUGAUGCUCAGUCGGAGUGACAGUGAAAACAUCGCCAGUAACUACUUCCGGCGCAAGCGGGCCACCCAGAUCCUCAGUGCGGAUCCCAUGAAGAGCCUCGCACAUCACAGCUCGCCGCCAGGCCUCAGCUCCCCACUUGGCAACAGCUCUGCCAUCUCACCCACCCAGGCCCCUGAAAUGCCCCAGCCUCGGCCUUUCCGCCUUGAGUCCCUUGACAUCCCCUUCACCAAGGCCAGGCGUAAGAAAAGCAAAAGCAGCUUUGGCGGUGAGGCUCUGUGAACACAUUGCCUGCUGCUGCCCUGCCUUUGGGCUCUGUGAGACUGCCAGGCCCCUCCGGGGCAGGCCCAGCUAGGUCUCCUCCCACCUGCCCCCCACAGCACUGGGUGCACCCGAGGGGGCCCUGGCCCUGGGAAAGCACAGUCCCCUCCCUGCUACCCAGAGAGCCCACUCUGCCCAGGGCAUGAGCUCCUCGGAGGCUGGACCAUCCUUGGAGAGACCUGCUCUGGCUCUCCACGCCACGUCAGCGUUUUCAUCUGCCCUCCACUGUGCCCACCAGUGUUGUCCUGUGCCUCCAUGGGCUCAGAAACCCCAGCCCUGCCUCAAGGCCUUCACUAGCAGCCCGAUAGAGUGGGACAGUGACU